UCUCACGUCAGGAAUCAGAACGCCAGCCAAGAUUCGCAGCUCAGGAUGUAAACACUACCGCUUAAUCUGUAUUUUUAACGUCAAAUUGCACUAAAUGGCAACUUUUAAAGUACUACACUUGUCAGUUUAUAUAUAAGGAUUUCGGUUUGAGCAUGUAAAGCUCAGACAUCCCCACAUCCUGACAAGCACACACUACAGGGUCAACAAAGAAUACUCAAACAAUACUACCAUUCAAAUAUUUACUGAAGUUCCAAUCACAGAAGUCCCGCAAAGUACAAAUGUUCCGGUGAAGAGAUGAAUGAAAGGACAGUGAAUUAUUGUGAAAUUGAUUCAUGCUUGCAACAAGUCAGUUAUGUAGAAAGUGAAUGUAUGAAUUGAGUGAAAAGAAAAGAAAUGACAGUGAAAUUCUACCACUGAGUGAGAAAAUUAAAUAGAAGAAUGAAUUUUUAGUGUUGACAAAAAAAUAACAUAAACAUGAAAAUUCAUGCUCCACAACCUUGAGGAACAAUGCAAGGACCACAGUCACCACCAAACUCAAGAAAAAGAUGAGACAAAACAAACUUAAGUUGGGAAUUUAAGCAGCAUUCCUGUGGUAAUAUUGCAUACCCCGGAAAUGGUCUAACAGCAGCUGUGUUUUGGCCCGCACACAACCCUAGAGUGGCCAGCCAUGAGGGGUGGUUCAUACAGCCUCCUUGCACCCAGUCUGGGGGGCAGCAGUAUGGUGGGGGGUGGGGGGCAGCUGGGCCUGGCAGGGGGGUGGCUGCUGCGUGCCUCCAGAGUCAUCCCAGCUGUUCUGUGCAUCCUGGUCAUUGCCUCGCUUUGUGCUCACUACUAUCUGUCCAAGGCGGUGGGUGACUCGGUCUUGGGUCACGAGCGGCACCUCCUGCUUGACCCGCACGACCCCCUGAGUGACCUGUCGGGUCUCAAGUGCGACAGUGCCAAGGCUCGGGUCCAGGAACUCCUCUCCAUCAAAGCGUCAGUGCUGAAUGAGCUGCGUGACCUGGAGCAGCACCGGCAGCAGCUGCAGGAGAACAUUGCCUCAGCCUCUGCCCGGAUUGAGAACCUGAGGCAGGAGGAGGGUCGGGUCAAGACUGAGCUGGAGAGACUCAAGACCAGUGUGGAACAAGCAUUACUGGCCCAGCAGGAAGUGUUUGAGAAGAACAUGCCGCAGAUCUCAGCACCCCGGCGCAUCACAGCCUCCAGUCAAGACAGCGUGGUACUACCUCCGCCGCCACCACAGGCUGUGUCACAGUGCCAGAUGCACAGCUGCUUUGACUAUUCCCGCUGCUCCCUGUUAUCUAACUUCCCUGUCUACAACUAUGACAUGGAGCAGUUCAAGAUUGCCUCUAAUGACCUUGAGGCUUUUGUCAAGAUCACAGUGAAGCAGGCGCUGGGCUACAACGCCCACGUCACCCAGAACCCAAAUGAGGCAUGUGUGUUUGUGGCUCUGCUGGGGGAGGGUGUGGGGGGCGCCCCAGACCGUGUUAACCUGGAGGAGAGCCUGCACAGCCUUCCCCACUGGGGUGGUGAUGGAAGGAACCACAUCCUGCUCAACCUUGGCCGCACCUUCUACAGCAAAAACAUGUUUGAGGGGGUCAACACUGGCCGGGCCAUCAUUGUCCAGUCACACUUUGAUGCUGGAGCAUUCCGGCCAGGCUUUGACCUGGUGACUCCUCCUCUCCUGGGCCUUCCUGGUGGUGACCUGUGGAAGAAUCUGCCGCCCAUCGUGCCUGCCAAGCGGAAGUAUCUCCUGUCCUUUCAAGGGGAGCUCCCAAGACUCAGAAGUUAUCUCGAGAAAACCCAGCAGCCACCGCCAAGCAACCCACACCUCAGGGAGGAAAUGGCGGUGGUGGAGGAACUGAGGCGUCUUGAACACACUCACACAGAUGACAGAUUCCUGCUCCACUUCACAUGUCGUGGUGGAGGUGGGUAUGGAGACCUGGAAGAGUGGAGGAUGUGCGACACGGAAAGCAUGCGAACGCAGGUGCUGCGCGAGUCCACCUUCUCCCUUGUCCUGGCACCACCCUCACCACAGGAAGUCACCACUGUCACCCUGCAGGCACGGAUUUAUGAGGCACUCAAGUAUGGUGCUGUUCCCAUUGUCCUCGGCAACCAUGUGGAGUUGCCACUCUCAGAGACAAUCGACUGGCGCAAGCUGGCCCUGGUGCUCCCCAAGGCACGAGUGACUGAAAUCCACUUCCUGCUGCGCUCCCUGUCCGAUGCCGACCUUCUCUUCAUGAGGCGGCAGGGGAGGAUGAUCUGGGAGAGGUUCUUUGGCUCCACUCAGGUUUUGGUGGACUCCAUCCUGGCCACCCUGAGGGAGCGGCUCAACAUUCCUCCCGUGCCUGCCCCUGAGCACCCAUCAAGCAGCAUCUUCAACGACUCCUUUGUGCCACUCAAGACAGACGCAAACAUCCUGGACCCAGACACUGAUGAGAACCUGGGCCCCAUAGAGCCACCCUUCCCCUCCGUAGUGUUCAGCCGCAACUACACCGUGGCUUUGCUCAGUGGCUAUGAGCAGUGGAACAACUGGGGUGACCCUUUCUACCUCUACCCCAGCCUGCCCUCCAAUCCCCUGCUUCCCACUGAGGCUAAGUUCUCCGGCUCCAAGCUUGGGUUCCGGCCUAUCAAUGGUGGCUCUGGUGGCUCUGGGAAGGAGUUCAGUGAGAGUCUAGGCGGAAAUUCUCCACGGGAACAGUUCACCAUUGUUAUGCUCACCUAUGAGAGGGAACAGGUGCUGCUCAACUCCCUGGCACGGCUAUAUGGUCUGCCAUACCUCAACAAGGUCAUCGUGGUGUGGAACUCCCCUAAGCCUCCCCCUGAGGACCUGCGCUGGCCAGACAUCAAGGUGCCCAUACAUGUGAUUCGUGCUGAAAGGAACAGCCUCAACAACCGCUUCCUGCCGUACUCUGAGAUAGAGACAGAGGCGGUGCUGUCUGUUGAUGAUGAUGCACACCUCCGACAUGAUGAAAUUGUCUUUGGCUUCAGAGUGUGGCGAGAGGAGAGGGACCGCAUUGUUGGCUUCCCUGGGAGGUACCAUGCCUGGGACCUGAACUACGGCGGCUGGCUCUACAACAGUAACUACUCCUGUGAACUGUCCAUGGUACUGACUGGUGCAGCAUUCUUCCACAAGUACUAUGCCAGCAUGUACUCCCACAUGAUGCCCCAAGCAAUCAGGGACAAGGUGGAUGAAUAUGUCAACUGUGAGGACAUUGCCAUGAACUUCCUUGUCUCACACAUCACCAGGAAGCCGCCAGUCAAGGUCACGUCUCGCUGGACAUUCCGCUGCCCUGGCUGCCCCGUCUCUCUCUCCGAGGACGAUUCUCACUUCACCGAGCGUCACAAGUGCAUCAACUUCUUUACUCAGGUGUACGGCUACAACCCGCUGCUCAACACUCAGUACCGGGUCGACUCAGUGCUGUUCAAGACACGCCUGCCACACGACAAGCAGAAGUGCUUCAAGUUCAUCUGAGGUGUGCUGGUAGUGAGUGUGGCAGUGCGGAGUCAUGGAGUGUGGCAAUCCUGGUGUUUGUGAUGUUCGUGAGUCAUGACAGGUAAUGAGUAUCUUUUUAGUGGUGUAGUGUGGUGGUGAGUGAGCUCCUGUGUUGAGGAGGGCUUUGUGUUUUUAGUCUUGUGUGAUGAGUGUGGUGAAUGAGUCCUUGGUUUGAGGUGGUGAGUGUGCCACUUAUGAGUUGUAACAAGGUGACACUGCUUUAUUUUUAGUCAUGUGGUGUGAUGAGUGUGGUGAACAAGUCCAUGAGGUGAUGUGUGUGGUAUAUGUGAGUCCUGGUGUGUGUGGUGGUGACUGGGUUCCUUUUCUUUAUAGUCAAGAGAUGUGAUGAAGUGCUGUGUGUGUGGUGUUGGUGAAUGUGAUGUCUUGCUUUAGGGACUUACUGAUGUACCAGUGAACUAAGCUUGUGGCAGUGCUGUCUUCUCCAGCCUGUGUUGAUAGAGUCGUUCUUCAGUUUGUCUGGAGGAACUGUAGAGCAAUACUAAGGUGUCAAUGGAUAGGGAAAAAAAAGCAUUGUAAAGAAUCACUAAGAAUUGAUACUGCUUUUAGGGGAGCAGAAAAAGGUUAUAGGAGUUACAGAGAGGACUCAAGGACAAUAUCAAGGCAUCAUCAGAUAGAGAACACCAUUGUAGAUCAUUUGGAAGGUGGUGAAUUAAUGCAUUUUUCAGGGAGUAGAAAUAAUGGUCAUAGAGUUAAAUAGAAGACUGAAGGACAGUAAUAAAGUAUCAUCAGGUAGGGAAAGGGUCACAUCAGAAGGCUUUGAGGAUGUAAUCAUUUUAAAGAGGAACAGAGAAAACUUAUCAUAGAAGUUUAGACAAAACAGCUAAGGAAUAUUACUAAGGUGACUGCAGAUACAGAAGUAGACAGUUCUCAAAGUAAUAAUUAAUAUGGUAAGUUUAAGGAAUCACCAAAGGAAAAGAAGAGAUUAUAAUAGAAAUACCAUACCUCCUUAUAUAUAGUCCAUAGACAGUGACUUUACACUAUUAGUAGAGGAAGAAGAGAACAAUGUAACUACCUAGUGAAGUGUGUAUGAAGUGUGAAGGAAAAUUAUUUUGUAUAUGAAGGAAUGUAAUUUUAUUGAUAGAGGAAGAAGAGGAAAAUGCAACUGUAUUAGUGAAGUGAAAUGUGAAGUGUGAGGCUUGAAUGUGAGGGUAAAGAUACUGUUUUCCUGCAUCAGUUAAGGACUCAUCUCUUGGACAUGUUAUGUAAAUAUUACCCAUGCCUCAUCCCUUUCAUCCCCAAGUGUGAAGAUUUUAAAGUUAUCAAGGAGUAACUAAUGGAGUACUCAUAUACUUAUCAAUACAUACAUGCUUAGGUAACACAACUAAACAUACAUAUCUGCUUAAUGUAAAUAUUAUAAAGGUGCACAGAUAACUAAUAAUGAAUGUGUGUGUGUGUGUGUGUGUGUGUGUGUGUGUGUGUGAUGGAUUACUUUUUAAAUGCUUUUACUUCUUUUAUAUGAUUCAUCUUUAGAAUAUGAAUGCAAGUGUGUGUCAGGAAUGUGAUAAGACUGAUAAAUUAACUUUUUUCUCCAUCAUGGAAUCUCUUACAUAUUUCUUUUCCUUCCUUAAAGUUAUACUAUAGAAAAGACAGGAUGAAGCAGUAGUAGUUUGCUUUCCUAUCACAGUCCUCCCAUAGAGAGAAUGUACAUGGUCUCUAUAUGGGAGACUGUUUUAAAAUGUUAGAGGGAAUAGCACUAUCUCCUGUGUUUAUUUUAUUUUAUUUAUUUAUUUUUUCUUUUUUUCUUCUUUUCCUUACAUGUGAUACAGAGACCAUAAGCACAAAAAAGAGGGGAAAAAGAAAGGCUACUCAGUUGCCAUUCCCUUAAAAAGUAAUGAGUUAUAAAUGAGUUAUCUUGUUUAGUGUCAGAGGUGUCUAGAUUCUCUUUGGCCACUAAUUCCAGCCAUUCAUGUCAUCUAAAUACUUAAACUUAGAAGAACAUCAAUCAGAAGGAAAAACUCAUUUCUUUUUGCCUUCUUUCUCCUUCUUACAUAGAUCUUCCCAGCUCUCUAGAGGAGGUGCUGUAGUGUGUUGUAAAGAUAAUGAUACUGGAAUGUGUGAAAUAUUUAAUUGUGAUGGAAUAUAGACACUCCAUAGUAUUAAUUAGUGUGUGUGUGUGUGUGUGUGUGUGUGUGUUUGGAAAGUUUGUUUAGUUAGCAUGAGCCUUAUGCAAGCAAGUGUUGUAUAAGGAUUUAAGCAUGUUAAUUUUUGUGGUACAGCUGCGGACACACACACACACACACACACACACACACACACACACACACACACACACACACACACACACACACACACACACACACACACACACACACAAGGACCUAGAUGUAGUAAGUCUUGCUGUGAAUCUAGACACACACAGCUCCAUUCCAGAGUUAAUACAUACUUUACUACAAGAGUCAGAGCACAACUAAUGUAAAUAGAUGCAAAGUUAGAUAUGUAGUCCUUUCCUUAGAGUCAAAGUCCCACUGGUGUAAAUAAAGGCAGGUUCUCACGUCAACAUUUGAGUUGCAGAUGCUCUAGUUAUGAGUAGUGUUAGGAGAUGUGACUCAUUCAUAACUCACAGUUCACUUAAAGAGAUGGGUGUGAAGUUUGUUGUCAAAUUGAGAUGUGUAUGUGUGUUUGUCAUCAAGUAAAGAGUGUGUGUGUGUGUGUGUGUGUGUGUGUGUGUGUGUUUUAUCAAGUUAAAAGUGUAUGUGUUUCCUGUCAAGUUAAGGGUGCACAUAAGUUUGCCAUCAAGUUAAGAAUGUGUAUAAGUUUGUCAUGAAGUCAAAAGUGUGUGUGUUUGCCAUCAGGUUCAGUGUAUGUGUGUGUGUGUGAUUGUCAUCAGGUUGAGAGUGUGUGUUUGUUUGUCAUCACGUUGAGUGUGUGCUUGUUUGCCAUCAAGUUGAGAGUGUGUAGUUUUGGCAUCAAGUUGGGAGUGUGCAUAAGCCAAGUUAAGGGUGUGGAUGGCACACACAAGUUGCUCAAGGUAGUAGUACAAUCAUCAUUCACAAAGAUGCAGUACUUUUCACCAGGUAUUUCCUGCUGUACACACUGACAUGUGCUGCUUUCCGUCACUCAUUCCUCAUGCUGACUGGUGGAGCUGAAUCUUGGUCUCCAAAUAUUUGUCAGUUACAAGUGAAUCAAAUUUAUCUUUUGUCAUAACUAACUUACACAGAAUUCACAUUUAUGAAUAGAAAUCUAAUAAAAUUAUCUGAUAAACUGUUGAAAACAGAGAAUUAUUUAAGUUGAUAUAUGUAUAUUAAGAUAUACAGCCUAUACUGAUUUAUGAAUUAUUAGUUUAUGAACACUUUUUAGAGAAUGUAAUUCAUUCAUAAUUUGCAAUACACCAGUGCUUUUGGUGUCUGUUAACUGGGGAUAACUGACUUGAGAAGAUUAUGAAAUGAAAAAAAGUAAUUACUUAUAGACAGACUAUGAGCCAAGAAAAACUCAUCAGUAAUUCGCAAUCAUUAAGUGAUAAUAAAAGAAAUUUGUGAAUAAUUAACAUUCCCUUGUUCUUCAGCUAUCAUUUAACACACACCUGGCACAUUUCAACACACACACACACACACACACACACACACACACACACACACCUAAUCUGUAUAUCUGCAGCUGUGCCACAUAAUAGUGCUUCUAUGUGACUCACUUAUAAGAUAAUGAGCCUUACUGACCUACUAUUUUUAUGCCAGAACUGACAUGAUCUUACAUAUAUAUUAGAGGACUGGUGGAGGCAGGCAUGCUUGUGCGUUACCCAGCCAGGAGAGUAAUGAGAGGGAAUGGGAAAUGAAAAAAUAAUGAAGACAGAAUUGCAGUAAAAGUAAAGAGUUAUUUGAGGAAAAGUAAAUUAAACUGAACUGACUGAAUUAUGGUAGAAGUAAUGAGAUUUUAUGAGAGAAGGAAAAUAGUAAUGAAAGAUUUGUAAUGUAAGUUAUGGGAUUUUAUUUAUUUAUAUAUUUAUUUAAUUUAUUUAUUAUUAUUAUUUUCUUUAUUGGGGAAAAGUCAUAGAGAAUAGAAUUGCUAUAAAAGUUGUGUUUUGAGCCACAGGGAGUUGUAAUGAAGCAAAUCAAUUGCCAUAACAGUGAGGAGAAAAUAAUGAAGAAUGGAUGUGAUUUAUUAAAGGUAAUCAUUCUGUCCUCAUUUAUGCAAGGUGUGUUUUUGUUGAUAGAUGGAUGACAGAUGGAUGAGGAAGUAGAUAGACUGGUUGAUAGACAGAUAGAUAAAUAGAUAGAUGUGGACAAAGGGAAGGAGAUAGAUACAUAGGGUGGUAGAUGUAUACAUAGAUACAAAUGAACAGGAGAGAGAUAGAUAGUAGAUAGGUUGAUAUACUAAAAGAUAGACAAACAAGGAGAUUAAUAGAUAAUUAGAAGCAUGAGUGAAUAGAUAAAGUGGAUUCUCCGAUAAGAUCUCAAGUUAUUAACCAUAUACUUAAUGAAAUGAAAGGAAAACAUGUCAUUGCAAGUUGUGAGAGAGAAAAAAAGUACAGCAAUGUGGAGUUUUUAAAAGUAUAACUAAUGAAAUGAUAGAUUAUGAAUAUUGAAAAAUGUUGUAUGCCCAAUCAAUACCUUAGUCAUGAAGGUGAAUACAGGUAAUGAAGAAGGGAGGAUGUAUACUUGUGCAGAGAGAAUACAUUAUAUAGGCAUUGCAUUCCUGUAUUUGUGGCCGAUUCAUGUGUUUUUAAGUUUUGCCCACUAAGUUACAUAUAAAUAUAUUUGUCACUUGGAUUUUAAAAGGAGCUCAGAUAGUAACUUUUUUUUUAUCUUUAUUUGUGUGAAUGAUAGAAAAGUUAAGUGUGGUGGAAUGUAAUGUUUUUGAAUAGUUAAUUAAUUUUGUGUUUUUUAUGUUAUGUAUUUAUUAUAUUUAUUCUGUCCU